CCCGCCAUAAGUAUGAGUCUAACAUGCAUUAGGUAGUAUGAGUCGUCGCAAAGCAACUGUCAAAUCAACCAUGAGCUUAAAGAUAUAAAUACUCAGGUACAUUUUAUUUAUAAUUGACAUCAUUUUCCUACUAAAAUUUCGUCCAUCUUCCAAAGUUUACAAAUCCAACCAAAGCAAUAUCUUCAAGGACUUUAUUUCAAAAACAUAAACUAUGCCUGCACCUACUACGGCACAUUCUUCCUCGGGAACUGCAAGCUCGGCGCUGCAGUUCCCACCCAUUACAAGAGAUCAUAUAAUCAACUGUUCGUAUGAUUCUUGGUUUUCCAAAUAUCGCAUGUCAUGCAUCAAAUCGCGUAUCAUACCCCUCUCAUCCGAAUUUAUAGAGUAUAUCCGCGAGGACGGUAUUAUCCUCGCCGAUGAUGACGGGGCUGGGCCAGAGGACGACGAAUGGGAAUCGGCACCCUCAAGCUUCCGGCCACCCGUUGAGGAAGUUGACUCCGACUCUGAUAGCGAUGAGGAUGAAGACGAGGAACCCAGAUUGCCACCGAAUCAGAGGUUUCCUGAGUUGCACCAAGUGAUCAAAGACAAGAUCGCAGAACUAGGCGGCGCGGUAGCACCGAAAUUGAAUUGGACCGCACCAAAAGAUGCGGCUUGGAUAUCACCCCACCAGAACACUAUCAAGUGUACAAGUCCUAACGACAUAUAUUUACUAUUGAAGAGUUCGAAUUUUAUCACUUACGACUUGGAGCACGCUUUUGACGACUGCACACCUACAAGCAAUACUUCUACGGGAAACACGCCAGCUUUCAAGCCUGUGCUCGUGCUACGCUCAUACUUCAAUCCUCACACAGCCAUGGAAUUCCGCUGUUUUGUGAAACAUAGGAACCUGAUAGCAAUCUCACAACGCGACUUACACUUCUACGAGUUCCUGAAGUCGUUACGACCCGACAUCGUUGGACGGAUCAGCCAGUUGUUCAACCACAAACUACGGUACACGUUUCCGGACGGCAACUUCACGUUCGAUGUGUACAUCCCAGAAGGCGAGGAUGAGCCACUAAGUAGGGCGCGACUUAUCGAUAUUAACGCCUGGGCUCCACACACAGACAGCCUACUCUUCGAUUGGAAGGAGUUAUUGGAUAUGGAGGUGCCUAGCCCAAUGCUUGGAGUAGUCGGGGGGACCGAAGAAGCAGAGGCAGAAGAUACGGACGAGACGUCGGGGGAUGACGACGAAGACGACUUCGUACCAGAGCUACGACUUAUCGAGAAGGAGGACCCUGCCGCGUUCAACUUCAGCUCGCCGCAGUACUCGGCGCACAAACUGCCGAAGGAUGUCGUAGACGCAAGCUUGGCCGGAGAGGGCGGCAUGCGGGAUUUCGCGCGAAAGUGGAGAGAGAUGACAGAGUACAGGGAGAAUAUUGCGAAUUGGGAGACGAACGAUAAAAAUUAGGUUACUUAAUGUAGUAAUAUCAAAUCUUGUAUAAGUACUCUUCUAUAGUUAAGGUGCCUUUGGUAAUAUGCUUUCAAUAGCAUUUACUGCUGGAU